AUGCAUACCUCUCCCACUCCGAUUUCGCUGCAACCCCGCGAAACCCCUCUUCCCGUCGCUGCCCGACAGGAAGAGACAGGCUUUCAUGUCAUAACUCAGACGAUCUAUCGACCAAGUUCAACUUUCGUCACAUACGUUACACUAGGGAGCGGGCCACCGACAUCAUACUCCGAUGGCAACCCGGCCGACCCGCCCCCAGCCGCUGCUCCGACCACGGACCCACCACCUCCGGACCGAUCAAGCGGAUCCCUAUCAAGCGCACAGAUAGGAGGAAUCCUGGGUGGCAUCGUGGCCUUCGUCGCCAUUGUUCUCAUCGCUUGGUUCUGCAUUUCUCAGAACAAGAGAAGACCAGGACCGCCACCGGACUGGGACUCCUUGUAUUAUGAUUCUUCCUCCGAAAGCGGGGUGACCGGGUCCCGUGGGCCGAGGACACCAAGAAUACCUCCGCGGGUCUACCCGACCCGGGGCCGACCAAUGCAAUACUCAAGACCAAUGGACCAGCUCGCCGUCAGCAACCCCCGCCGCCUCAGCACUAUCGGACACGGGUUUUUUGAGAAGUUAACUCUGAUAAAAGUCUGGUCUCGGACGCGGCCUAUCGUCAAUAUUGCCAUGUUGCGGAUUCUGAAACAUUCCCUUUGUUCUUCCAAUAUACACACAGCCACGGAGGAGGCUAUUGGACGUCUAUGGCGCGAGCGGAAGUGCUUCACGAGGACAACAUGA